AGGGAGAGGGAGAGAGAGGAGUAGAGAGAGAGAGAGAAAGAGAGUGAGAGGGAGAGAGAGGAGUAGAGAGAGAGGCUGUUCCAGCUCUGAGUGAGGGCAGACAGACACACAGGUGGACGUGAAGCACACCUGAGAGAGAGAUAGUCCUGUUCACACACACCUUCAUGUCUGCUCAGGUGAGAUCUAACUCACACCUGUUAACUCAGUAUAUGUGACGUCACGGGGUCAACGUGCUGCGUAAAACUUUAAUUUAUUUUUUUUCUUUCCAAGAAUCAGAAGAAGAAGAUCUACUUCAACACUCCGUGAGAAGUUAUCCGGAUUCAGACUCUGGUACGGGUCUGGACCGUAACUCCCACUUAGGACCGAGUCAAGAAACUGAUCCUGGUCUGAGCUGACCCGGGUUUAAUCAUGUACCAGGGUCUGAGCCUGUCCUCCCCCCAGACCCCGUACCCCCACGACACCGGGACCUACCUCCACGCCGCGGCCAGCUCUCCGGUCUACGUCCCGACCAGCAGGGUCCCAUCCAUGCUGCCGCCCCUGCCUUACCUUCAGACCUGUGACCCCCAACACCAGACUCACGGCUGGCCUCAGGACGGCUCCGGGUUCAGCCCCAGCAGCCCCCCGCAUCCCCCGCACGGCUUCUCGUUCACGCACAGCCCGCCGCUCGGCAGCAGCUCGGGCCGGGACCCCGGCUACCAGAGCCCGCUGCUGCUGGGUAACGGAGGGAGGGGAGAUCAGUACGGAGGUGCCCUGGUCCGCUCUGUGGGGGGGUCUUACUCCGGCCCAUACGCAUACAUGAGCCCGGAGAUGGCCUCGUCCUCCUGGACUCCGGGACCGUUUGAGAGCGGAGUGAUCGGCCUGCAGGGCCGCGGAGGGAGCACCGCCAGGAGGCCCAGUCUGGAGCUCAUGGACGACAUGUCCACCGAGGGUCGGGAGUGUGUGAACUGCGGCUCGGUGUCCACGCCGCUGUGGCGCAGGGAUGGAACCGGACACUACCUGUGCAACGCGUGUGGCCUCUACCACAAGAUGAACGGAAUCAACAGACCGCUAAUCAAACCGCACAAACGACUGCAGACGACGUCUCGCCGGGCCGGUCUCUGCUGCACAAACUGUCACACCAGCACGACCACGCUGUGGAGACGAAAUGCUGACGGAGAGCCCGUCUGCAACGCCUGUGGACUCUACAUGAAGCUGCACGGGGUACCCCGACCUCUGGCCAUGAAGAAAGAGAGCAUUCAGACCAGGAAGCGGAAACCAAAGACGCCCAAAAAUAAAACAGGCUCCACCCCCUCCGACAGCAGCUCUCCGUCCUCGCUCUCUGUCUCUGAACACGCCUCCACCAUCAAGAGUGAACCCAACAUGACCCCGUCCCCGUACGCCAGACACACCAUCACAUCUGCCACUCAGCAGACGGCGUCUCAGCUGGACGGCCUGGCUUCAGGACAUGUGGACAUUAAAUACGAGGACUUCCCCUUCACCCCGACCUCCAUGUCCGCACAGAACUGGUGCGCUCUGUCUCAGGCCUGAACUUCCUCCACCUGCAACCAACGCCUGAUGACAUCACAGCUGAUGACUUCACACAGGUGGAUGUGGCUCCAUGGGGGAGGACAGACAGAGCUCCACCCAGCUUUCUCCAGCGCUGCAGGAGAGAGAGACCAAACCUGGCCAACAACAGGACUACACCAGGCCCAAAACAGGACCAGAACAGGUCAACAUCAGGACCAAACCAGGACCAAACAUGGUCAACAACAGGACUACACCCGACCAACAACUGAACCAAAGACAGGACUACACUAGGCCAAAAUCUGAACCAAAAACAGGACUACACUAGGCCAACAUCUGAACAAAAAACAAAACUACACCAGGCCAAGAUCUGAACCAAAAACAGGACUACACUAGGCCAAGAACUGAACCAAAAACAGGACUACACCAGGCCAAGAUCUGAACCAAAAACAGGACUACACCAGGCCAAGAUCUGAACUAAAAACAGGACUACACUAGGCCAAGAACUGAACCAAAAACAGGACUACACUAGGCCAAGAUCUGAACCAAAAACAAUACCAUACCUGACCAGUAAGAACCAGGUUGGCAUGGACCAAAACAGGACCAAACUCAACGUUAAACAGGACUACACCAGACCAAAAACAGGACUACACCAGACCAAAAACAGGACUACACCAGGCCAAAAAUAGGACUACUCAAGACCAAAAACAGGACUACACCAGACCAAAAACAGGACCAUUCAGGAUAAUCCAACAGCUCAAUGAGGCCUAACCCAGGUCUAAAAAGGGACUAAACAGGGCCCAAACCAGGACUAAGCAAAGACUAAGACUGGACUAAAAGAAGGGCUAAAUCAGGUUUAAACAUGGACUGAAUCAGGAAGUAACCAGGACUGCUGAACUAACGUCCUGUGAGGUCCAAUGAGAGCUUCCUAUGAGGUAAAGACGUGUCACAGAGGAUGGCGUGGAGGUAAACACGGGGUUUAAUAACCUUUGAAAGCUCAUCAUCGUCUAAACGGGAUCUUCGUCGGAGAAUAGUUUGUGUGUUUUGUUGUCAGAGCAGAAACAGAAGAGGUUUUUUAUGACGACGUGUAGAUGGUUAACUUUUAUAGGCUCAUUAUUUAUGUGGAGAUAAGGACAGGUGAAGCCUCUGCAGGUUGAUUCACUCACAUUAGGACUUAUUAGUUUUAACAGCAGACACACAAAACCCGUCUUUAGAACCAGGCCUACACGUCAGGACUUCAUCACUUAUUAUGAGACGUGACGUGCAAUGACCUUGAAUGAAGGAAACAAAAAGAAGGAGAUAAACGUUUAAUCAUAUUUUAUUGUGAAAGUUUUGAAUUUUAUUGUGAAAUUGUUGUAAAGAAGUCUCUGAUUGCUCUUUAGAAUCUGUUCUUGUAAAUAAACUGAUUCACAUUUUA